AUGGCAGACCCUGAGGAGGUGCGGAUUUCUUCGCCCCCGCCGCCUCCUUCCUCUCCCUCGUCUUCAGACGCUUCGUCAGCAUCUUCCCCCGGCGUUCCAGUGAGUUUGGGCUGGCCAGUUGCGAGCAGGAGCAGCGGCCGAACGGUGGACCCUCUGGAGGAAGUAGAGCUGCAGAUUGGAGACGCAGCAUUUUCACUAACCAAACUUCUUGAAGCCACAUCUGCAGUAUCAGCUCAAGUAGAAGAGCUUGCCUUCAAAUGUACAGAAAAUGCACGUUUCCUUAAAACAUGGCGGGACCUCUUGAAAGAAGGCUAUGAUUCUUUGAAGCCUGACAACUGA